AUAGAGCCAUCUUGUUCAUCACUGUGCUGCAGCCACGACAACUCGGCAGGCGGUCAAGCGUGCUUACCUCGGGAGUGAUCAAAACUAAAAGCAAUAAAACAUUGUUGCUUUCCAAGCCCAAAGCUUGCAGUGCCACCAUCGGAUCGAUCAGGGCUCGAGUGCGGAUGGGCCCGCCCAAAACAUGCCGGUGCUUGAUUGUUUAGCACAGACCAGGUGCACGGCUUACCUUAGCUGAACUGCAAACAUUGCCCAAACAUCGAUACAAAGGGCCUUGCGAAGAAACUUGCGCUGGUCAACUCAGUGGACUCGGCCCCAGGUUUGCGGGCUCAUUGGCGCUGGCUUGAGAGCAGCUGCAGCGCUGUACACUGGACCUCUCAGACAUUUAUUUGAAUGCAUCACUGUACAGCUCACUAGAGUAGGCGGGUCGAGCAGGUGCAGCCAGGAUGCCCUGUGUUAACCGCAAAACGAGCGGAAACAGGGCGGUGUUCACCGUUCCGCCGCCGCCGCCUGUGCCAGGGCAGCUCAUAUAUGAUCAUGAGGGCGCUGCCGCCGGCGAUCUGCAGGGGCAGGAGCCCGGGAAGCCCCAACCGCCUGCCGCUACCUCGACAACAGUCCUGCCUUCGGGCAACAUAGGCGGGCCACAUGGCCCCAAUCUAGGCGUCCCGCCGCAUCGGCAGGCGCAGCAAGCAGCGGACGCAGGGUUGCAACCGACUGAUCCGCAUGCCGGGAGCGGGAGCAGUAGCAGCAGCUCCCGGGCGGGUGGGCACGCGCGGCAAGCUAGCUCGCCACACCAGCAACACCAGCUUGCGGCCAAGGCGGCGUCCGGCGCUCUGGUAUGUCCGCAGCAUCUAGAACUAGUCUCGACGGUGCCACAAGCACCCAAGUGCCUAGACCCAGGGCUCCAGAGCUACUGGUGCAGCCUCAGCUUGCAGCAGCGGCGGCAGAUGCUGCGGCUGUCCAAAAAGGACCUCUUCACGCGCGUGCGGUCGCUGUACUGCUCGGGCUGCUUCGCAUUGGUGCAGCUGCAGUACGAAGACCUCUGCACGUACGUCGCGGAUCAGGCGGCGGCUGCGUCAGCAGCAAAGAACGGCUCAUCCUCCUUGAGCGGAGGGCAGCGCAGCUGUGCAAUCUGUGCGUCGGGGCACGCCUGCUUCUCGGGGCUAUGGGUGUUGGAGGACGGGUCCGUCACGCUCACAGACGACCUGCUUUCGGCGCACCCGUUCGGCCGUUUCGAGCAGGCGCGGGACUGGGACCUUGAGCGCGAGCAGCACUUCUCGUCCGCCGAGGUGUGCGGUAGCGGCUGGUGCAAGCGGCCGGGCGUGAACAAGUGCAAGCUGCACACGGGGCCGGUCGCGCCGGACGAGCUUCUAGCUUAUUGGGCCACGCUACCGCAGCAGCGGCGGGAGGCGCUCAUGACGCUGGACGAGGAGACCUUUCUCGGCGAGCUCGACGUGAGCAUGAAGCUGCAGCUGCGCAUCUGUAAGGAGUGCCGCAGCAACGUGACGCGCGCAUUCAAGGAGCUCAAGCCUGGCCGCGACGCGGCGGCAACAACGGUGGCAGCGGGAGCGGCGGCCCCAGCAGCAAACGGCGCACCGCCGGCGCCGCCGCCCGGGCCGACAGGGCUGCUGCUGUGCGACCGGCACGAGCUGCGCGCGAGCGAUGGCCGCGUGCGCGUUGAGGGCCCGGGCGAGGCGUGCUUGUUUGAGAAGGCAGAGGAGGUGCAGGAGCAAAAGGCGUUCGACGCGUCUGCUGGGGACCAGGACAGCCCGGAGACGAUACGGCAUGCGGAAACGCCGGAGCUGGCGCGUGAGGCACUGCAGGAUUCGGCGCUGCUGAUCUUCAAGGCGCAGGUGGAGGUUGCGUUCCGCGACCAGACGGCAUGCCGGAACGCGCUGCUGCUCUUCACCGUGCUUUGCCACGGCCUCCUGGAGCAGCAGCUGGCGAACGCGUACAAGGAGCUAGGUGCCAAGCGCGCGGAGGCUGAGUUGCUACGGCUAUUAGAGGAGGACGAGGCGAAGGAGGCGGCAAAGCGGGAGAAGAAGGCCACCAAGGCCGCCACCAAAGCCAAGAAGGCGCCUGCCGCAUCUGCAGCCGUGGAGGAGCAGCGGCACCAGGAGUCGGACUCGGAGGAGCCAGAGCCGGAGCCGCCCGCACCGGCACCGGUGGUGGUUCCAGCCGCACCUGCUGCGGGAGCGGGCAAGGGCAAGGAGAAGGAGAAGGACCCGCACGGGGCGAGCAGCAAGCCGCGGGCGGACUCGGCACCCGCGACCGGCAUCGCCAGCGCGAGCAGUAGCACGAGCGGCAAACCUGGCAAGCAGCACGCGGGCUCCGGCAAGCAGUCGCGGGCGGGCAGCUUAGAUGAAAGCAUGGCAGAGGCGGUGGCAGCCGCUGCUGCCACGAAUACGUCAGCAACCACUCGCGGCGGCAAGCAGCCGUCGCAUGCGCAGCAGAACGGCGGAGCGCCGCCACCGCCACCGGCGCCGUCUGGCAAGGCGGCACCGGCCAAGGGCACUAGCACGACCCCUGCCGCCUCGGCGGCAUCAAAGGGCAAGGAGCAUGACGCUGCAGGUGGAAAGGCGGGCAAGGGCAAGGACGCGGCGCCGCACGUGCUGAUCGUGCCGGCCUCGAUGACUGUGGCCAAGGGCGGGAAGGCAGGUGGUGCCGCAUUAUCCGCUCAGCAGCCGGCCGCAGCUAAGAGCGCAACAAAGGGUGGUGCAGAUGCCACCGGCAAGGGCGCCACUGCUGCUGCUCAGCCUGGCUCUCACGCUGCAGCGCGCGGUGCAGCCCCUCCGGCUGGUUCAAAGCAGGCCGGCAAGCAGCACGCCGCGCCGCCGCCGCCGCCUCCCCCACCGCCGCCACCACCGCCGCCGCCUCCUCGGCAAGCAGCGGCAGCGGCACCGCCGUCGUCGUCGCAGCCGCCAGCGCCGCAGCUCAAUCACAGCAACUUUCCGCCGCUGCGCCCCAGCGGGGGCAGCGGGACAGGCUUGGCGGGCGCGGCUGCGCCCGCUGCGGAAGCACCCUUGCCGGUGCCGCCGGCAGGAGGUCCGGGUGUUGUGGACCCGCUCGCAACUCAAGUGGCGCCGCAGCAGGGUGGCGCUGCGCACGCGGCUGUGGCCGGCACGGUGGACCAGGCCACUGAUGUCGCAGCGCUGCAGCCGCACUUCGGCCGCCCGCCGCUGCCGCCGCCGCCGCCGCCUACGGAGGCGAUGUUGCAGCCGCCGCUGCAGGCGGGCAUGUCUCCGCUGCUAGGCCCCGGCGCCGACCUGGGCCCGGGUAUCGGAACACUCGCGUCGAACGGGCUCGGGCAGCUGCAGCAGGCUGCGUCGCUUGACAUGCAGUUCCGCGGGCCGUCGCCCGACUCGGCUAUGCGGCAGCUGCAACUCGGCCAGGCGCCUUCGGGCCUGCUGCAACCGCACCAACUGCAGCAGCUAGGUGCAGGUGCUGCCGGCAUGCUCGACAGCCAGCAGAUGCAGGGACUCGGUGGCGGUGCGGGCGCUCAGGCCGGCGGUCUGCUGGGCUUGGGGUCGCAGCUGGAUACAGCGCCGUCGGGUGCGGGCACGUUGCCGCUCACCAGCUCCGGCAGCCUACAGUCGCAGGGGUCCGGCCUGCUCGGCCUGAACGGCCCAGGUGUUCCCAACGGUUUGGCCGGCGGCCUUGCCGGUGGCCAGGCGGGCCAGGCCACUGCGGGUUUCGGGUGGCAGCUUCCGCUGUCCCCGCAGCAGCAGCCGCAUGGACCGCAGGUACCGCUGCAGCAGCAGCAGCAGCAGCAGCCUCAGCAGCAGCAGGGCCUGAUGCCGAAGCUGCACGCGCAGGCGCCCGUUCCCCAGCAGUUUGCGGGGCUGCACGGGCCGACGCCGAGCCCCUCGCCGCAUGCGCCUCUGCAGCAGCAGGCGCAGAUGCUGCAGGGUCAGCAGGCGGGCCUGUCCGGUCUUGGUUUGCAGCAGCACGCGGUCGCGGCGGCCGCGGCGGCGGCAGCCGCGGCGGCAGCGACCAUGGGCCAGGGCGCCAGCCACCUGCCGCCAGCUCAGCAAGCAGCGCUACUUCAACAGCAGCAGCAGCCACGCGCCAUGUUUGGACAGGGUGCUUCGCACCUGAACGCCAGCGGGCAGGUGCGGCCGCAGGGGCAGCAGGGCGGGCCGAACGCCAGCAUGGUCGCACAGAACGCGGCACAGCUGCUUGCGCAGGCGCAUGUGCAGGCGCAGGCACAGGCGCAUAUCCAGGCGCAAGCGCAGGCACAGGCGAUGCUUCACGCGCAUGCUCAGAACGCCUCCCAGCAGCAGCAACACCAACAUCAACAGCAACAGUACCAGCAGCACCAGCAGCAGACGCUGGCAGCACUGGCAGCUGCGGCUGCUGCAGCUGCUGCGGAGGAUGCGCUCGGUGGCAACGCCGGAGGACCUGGUGGCGGUGCGGGCCAGGGGACAGGCCAAAAUGGGGUGGGCGCUUUCUCGCUGUUCGGCGGCAACUUCAACGGUGCAGGCAUGGGUGGCAACGCUGCGGCGGCUGCAGCGGUUGCUGCGCGUGAGGCGGAGCUGCGCCAACAGCUGGAGCUCCAGCAGCAGCGCAACCUGCAGCAGCAACAGAUGAAGGCGCAGCAGGCGGCAGCCGAGGAGCGGCAGCAGGUGCGCCAGGCCACGCUGCAGCAGCAGGUGCUGCAGGCGCAGGUGCAGCAGCACCAGCAGCAGGCGGUCGCCGCGGCCGCCGCGCUCCAGGCGCAGGGCUCCGGUCUUACCGCACAACAGGCGCAGCAGCUGACUAGCUACCUGCUGCAGCACCAGCAGCAGCAACAACAGCAGCAACAGGCGGUUCAGCAGCAGCGCCAGGCGCAGCAGCAGGCGCAGGUAUUGCUGGCACGGCAGCAGUCCCUUGCGGCUCAGCAGGCGGCGCAAGCCCAAGCGCAAGCCCAGGCGCAGGCGCAGGCCAAACAAGACGCACUUGCUAACGCACAGUGGUCCGCCCUGGGACGCUCCCUGCAGCAACAGCAGCAACAGGCUGCCGCAGCGGCGGCUGCCGCGUCUGCAUCAGCGGCCGGCAAUGCGGGCGGCAACCCCGGUGCAGGCUCCCACCUGCUGUUCUCAGGCCUGUCGGCUGCCGGUGGCCCGACCGGUGCCGGCAUGAAUGGCCUCGGCGGCGGCGGCGCGGGCGGCAUGGGUAAUGCCGGCUUCGCAGGUGCGGGCGAGGCCCUGGGUGGCGGUGCGGUCGCGUCGUGGAUGCGCGGCGGCCAGGCUGAGGCGCAGGCCGGUGGCGGCAACGGGCCUCUACACGCGCACAUGCACGCCACUGCUGUCCAGCAUGCGCAGCAGCAGCACCUGCGCCAGAGCAUCAGCCUCAGCAAUCUGACCUUGGGUGGCGGGCCGGGCGCGGGCGCCGGUCAGGGCGGCGCGGGCGCGGGCGCGGGCCAGGGUGCGCUCGGCAGUGGCAACAACCUGUCCGCCGUGACGUCGCUGGACAGCGGCAAUAACUUCUUCGGCCACCACAACCAGCUGUCUGGCCUGAAGUCUGGUCUGGGCGCGGGCAUGGGCGGCAGCACGCACGGCGCGUUCGGCAGCCAGGGCAGCCUGCUGGUUGCGGCCACACUUGGCGGCGGUGCAGGUGGCGGCGGUGCAGGCGGAGGUGGAGUGAUGGGCACCGGUGGUCUCGGCGGCUUGAGCGGCCUGGGCAUGGGCUCAGGCGCGCUGGGAGGUGGCCUGAGCGGCGGCGGCCUCUCGCUUGGCCUGGGCGGCGGUGGUGGAGGCGGCGGGCUGGGCGGCUUGGGCAACCUGGGUGGGGGUAACCUCAACAACACCACAUCUGGCAGUGGCACCUACAGCCUGUUUGGCGCCUCGCCCUCGCCGUCGAUUGCAACUAGCUUGACCGGCGGUCUUCUGGGCUGAUUGGACAAAUCACGAGCAGGGUACGAGCCUGCUGAUUUCACGAAUACCGUACAAUGGCGUGCAUGAUCUUCAUACAGAGAGAAGGGAGGAGCAAUACUUGACUGUGAGCCGGAGUCCGCAUUGUUGGAACACAUUGGGCUACACACUGGGGCGUGCGAGCCCGCCCAAGAACACAUGUUGGGCUGCUGGGGGUAAACGAAGAGCGCAGCAUUAGGCGGUACAGUAGGAUCUGGAAGUGCAGUGAGAGCAUCUGUCCCAUUCGCUUUCGAUGGGUACCCGUCACUCUCGUAACGACCCAUUGAAGCUGAAAGAGCACUUGGCAGGUGUAAGGGGCUUCCAAGCCGAGGUCAGUCCGCAAGCUGUCACUCGAUUGCUCUUGCACACGAAACUAGUACGGCAGUGCUGUUCGCACUUUGCCUGUUUGCGGGCAUUCGUUUCCGCGCUUUUGAUGCUGUGUGUGUGGCACACCGACGUGUUCACAUUCGAACUUUUGCAGUGUUCGAGUAACGGCUGCACAUUUGUGCACGCACGGUUGGGUAGUGAAGUUGGCUGACGAAGGGUCCACGUUCAAGCUCCACAACUUGUGGAGCGUUUGGGGGAAGGAUAUCUGGUCCUGUAUAUCUACCGUCGUCCGUCGUACGACAAAUGCGUGGGAGUGCAAUGGCGCAUGGUGCCAGUUGGGCUGGUCAAUGGGUGGUCUUGUUCGGGGUGUGGCGUGAGAAGCCUAGAAGACGUACUGUGGGGCGCAAGACGAGACUGCAGCGCAACAUUCCGUGCACAGACGCGUGCAUGCCGGAGAGAUUGUAAAUGAAUGCUGGC